AUGUCGAUCCUUCGAUUACCCAAUGAGUUGCUUCUUCAUAUCACCACAUUUCUAUCACAGGAUUGCGACAUCGCCUCUCUUCUGCGGGCAAACCGCCGGCUGAAAGAUCUCCUCGAGGAACCUCUCUUCCAGAACAAUUUAUCUACGAAUAAUGGCUCUGCACUACCCCUAUGCGCCAAAUAUGGUCUCAGAUCGGGCGUUCAAACCCUCCUGAGACUGGGAGCAAACGGAGAUGAAACCGAUCUCGACUGUCGCACCGCAUGGAGCUACGCAGCUGAGAAGGGGGACUUCGAAACCUGGCAAAUGCUUCUGGUCCAUGAGAAGUCCCUUGGUCGCAAGUUAGAUGUGAAUUUCAAAGACUUCGACGAACGUACCCUACUCAGCUGGGCAGCGGAAGGCGGUCAACUCGAAUUCGUUCAAUACUUAGUCCAACUUGGGGCAACUGUCAAUUCAAAGUGCAUGGAGAAGCGGACACCUCUGAGCUAUGCAGCCCAGUCAGGGCACUUCACGAUGGUUCGGUGGCUGCUUGACCAAGGGGCCGAAACGUACGACUCGACCCGAUUAUCAGACAGAGAUGGCCUCACACCUUUGCACUACGCAGCUUUCGAAGGACACGAAGACAUAAUGAGACUUCUCAUAUCGAUUGGUGCAGAUGUUGACAAUAUGGGACUCGAUUGUAUGGACAUAGCAGCACAGACACCGUUGAUGGAAGCAGCUCGAGGGGGGCAAUAUGCCGCGGCGAAAAUGCUUCUCGAAAUGGGCGCAAAUGUGAAUCAAGGGGACGGAAGAGGAAUGAGCCCUUUGCAAUAUGCUGCGCGAGCAGGCGUUGGCGAGCCUCUGAGAGAGAGUGAAUAUCAUCUCGCUAAUUUCAUAUGCAACCAGCCAGGUCCCGGGUGGUAUUUUGAUGGACAUGGAUAUCAAGCACCCCACAAGUCUGGCAAAUCCGGAGACUAUCUCGCCAUUGUAAAGCUAUUGGUCGCUCAUGGUGCGGAUCCCAACAAAGAACACGACGACCAUUACGGGGAGUUCCAGGGAGGUCCCCUUUAUUGCGCGGCAUGGUCGGGUGCGACCGAGAUCGUCCAGUUUUUGAUUGAUUUGGGAGCCGAUGUGAAUGAAAACGCUGUGAUUCAUGCUGCGGCGCGAAAUGGCCACCUUGAUGUGGUUGAAAAGUUACUUGUCAAUGGCGCUGAUGCCAAUGCGAUUUGGGCAGGGCAUACACCCUUGGAUCGCGCGAAGUUCGCUGCAAAAAUGGUUGAUCAAGGUAAAGAUUAUCACGAAUAUGGGGAUAUGUGGAAUAGGAAAAUGAUGUCUCUUUUUGAAGCAAAUAUUCCGAACUAUCAUCGGGUGGUCGAAAUGCUCAUUGCCCACGGUGGUAAAGUCGGAAGAGAAGACUUCAGUCCGUGGUAG